CUCCCGUCGAGAGUUCUCCGCCUGGCGUCGUCCGUUGUGAAGCGGGCUUCCUGCUGGAGAGGAAGUGGGAUGAGCUGCUGGCUGGUAACCAAAGGCGGGAAGGACCCUGUAGCACCUGCUGAUCCUUGGGAGCCUUGACGUCAGCGCCCCUUAAACGGCGGAGAUCUCCGGUGCGGGGCAGCAGCGGUGCCCACAGGCGCAGCGUCCGUUCACCGGGCAACGCAGGCGGCUGCGGCGGCACCCCGAGCAGCAGCACUAUCGGCUCCGGCUUCCCCCUCCACCCGCCCGACUUUCUCAAACAUCCACGCAGUCAUCGGCCUCGUCCCCGGGACUUAACCCCCCCCCUCUCUACUGUUUCAUUCUCCCCCCCCCCCCUAACCACUCCUUCGCCGCGCUCCAGCCGUGUGCCAUGUCGACCGCCGUGCCCGAGACGGACGAGUCGGUCCGCGGGUCCCCGCUGACUCCGCUGAAGCUGGUCGGGCUGGUGUGCGUCUUCCUGGCGCUCUGCCUGGACGUGGGUGCCGUGAUGAGCCCGGCGUGGGUGACCGCCGACGACCAGUACUACCUGUCCCUGUGGGAGUCCUGCUGGAAGCCGGCGAGCACCGACAACUGGCAGUGCAGCAGCACGCUGGGUUCAGACUGGCAGGUUGUUACGCUGGCCCUGUUGCUAGGGGGUGGAGCCCUGGUGCUGAUGUCGUUCCUGGUCGCUCUGGUUGCCGUGUGCAUCGGCACGAGGCGGCGAUUCUACGCACCAGUUGCCUUCAUGCUCUUUGCUGCAGUUGUCCUGCAGGCCUGCAGCUUGGUCCUCUACCCCAUCAAGUUCAUCGAGAGCAUCAAUCUGAGGAUCUACCACGAGUUCAACUGGGGCUACGGCCUGGCCUGGGGCGGGACCAUCUUCUCCUUUGGCGGGGGGGUCCUCUACUGCCUCAACCCAAAGAGCUACGAGGAGUAUUACUAACUCUGAUUAGUUCGAACCCUACGUGCUGGAGGAGGUAUUCAAUGGGGCCAAAAAAAAGAUGCUUUAGCUGCUAAACCAUCUUUUUUUUCGAAGAAGAAGAACUGUAAGGACUGCAAUACGUCUUGGGGGGAAAUUCUGGGGGUGUAUGCUGCAUCGGUAGGGCGUGGCGGAACAUGCACAUGAAGCGGUGAUGAUUGACCACGCUCGGCUGCCUCCGAAGGCACCGCAGAGUUUCUUUGAUUCCCAAUGAGCUGAGGUGACGCUCGGAGCAUCCCCCCCCCCCCCCCCCCCCACCCUCCCAACCCCCUUCCCGACCCACACAUGGCCAUGUUGGAGGAAGUCAACCUAAUUAGUAAUCUGAUUAAUUAUGGACUGAAGGUCCAUCCUGGAAGGAUGUAAAAAUCAAAGGAACACCUGUGGAGGGCCUCUGAGGUUUUUGUGUUCUUGUGUGUUCAUGUGAGCUUUUGAGCCGUUAAGUAAGCGACGUAGCCUACUUAUUGCUAGCAAUGUAUACUUAUUUUACAUAAAAACCUACUCAUUUCAACCCUCAACCUAACCGGGUUGUUGGUUACAAAAACAGGUAAACCCAUAGGGUGGAAUUUUACUUUCAAAAGAAACUGUAAACAUGGGCCUAUGUGGCAGAAUGUAUAUCUUUUAACUAAAGACUGUCCACAGAAAUUGAAGAAAUGUGCAUGAACAACGUUAAGGGAACAAUGACCACAUGAUCUAAAAAUAAAGAAAUACUUUAUUCGUAUCAGCGUGACCUUCAAGGACGCAAUCAGAUGAUCGGCUGGCUCUGGGUGUGAGGAGUCAAUAGCUUAUUAGUGCAUAUAAACACAACCACUGAAAUAUCAGUAUUAUGGUGUUAUUAUAUGGUCGCUGGGAUUUAUAGACAUUCAUAUAACACAAAGUGGGAUUAUUUCUUACAUCAAGGCAUGAGCACCGUACAGAAAAUAACAUGUGAUAAUCACUGAGUUCCUGUCCCAGCAGUCUGAUUUAAAUAUUCCUUUGGCUCAUGAGUUGUCUGCUUGGUAGCUAGGGUUGCAAAGUCAAUGUCUGGGUGCAAAUCAAACAACUUCUAUACAGAUUUUAUGAGCCAAUAAAGCCGAACAGGGAGCCAUUUUCUUCUUUCAUUGAGCAAAAACCUCUUUAUGUUUUCUCUCUUACUCGUCCAACCCUGGAACCUCCAGCCUCCCUUCAAAACCCCACUCUGCAAUUUCACAAGUCAAAAAUAAAAUAAGGACUCGCCGGAUGAAAUUUCGGCGAUACAGGCGGCGUCUUGUCGGUGCUCUGCGUCGUCACAUAUUUGACAGGGAGCUGUCAUGGCGCUGUCCCCCCUAAAAAUAGGAUCCAGGCUAUGUCCCUCGCCACCUUAACAAAAUAUAGAACUGUAAAGCUGCAGCUGACAGAAGUCCAUUCAUUUCAAAUAAACUGAUAGCGUGAUGUUUUACCACAGACACAACAGAAAUCAACUCCCAAAGCAUUGCUUCUAAAAUGAGCUAAAUUAUUAACCCAAUGCAGUAAAAGGUUGGUGCUUAAAACUAGUCUAUGCUAAGCUAACAACAUGUCCUAUUUAGAAACUAAACAAAAGUAUUUUCCAAAAUGUCGCUUUUGAAGUACUGUUCUAUUUUUAAUUUGGUUAAUAGCAAAUUGUUGUUUCCAGGGUUAAAACAAAUGUGUAUAUUUCAUAAAUUACACGUAAAUGUGUUGUGUGUCACAGAGUCAAGGGGCUGUUAUUUAUAUAUAUAUAUAUAUAUAUAUAUAUAUAUAUAGCAGGUAUGUGGGGCAGCAGUCGCCUGUUAGCAUGUGACCCGGCUUAACAGGUUUAGUGUGUGUGUUUGUGUGUGUGUGUGUGUGUGGGGUGGGGGGGGUAUUCAGUGUGUAGCUUGUGUUGGGUCACUGGAUCUUCCAUCAGGUCGUGGAUGAAGUUCUUUUCUCUACGGACUUUGUGCUGCUUUUUGCUGAAAGCCGAGUGAAACCGAAGCCCAGACAGGAUGACGCAGCGCUGUGAUGGGGAUCAUCACCCCGGUGGGACAGAUACCGUGGCUUCUAGCGCGGGAUUACAGCCUAGUGAAGGUUGUUUUACCUAGAAACGUCUCUGGCUUUGGUGGUGUAGAGGAGCCUGAGGCACUAACGCUGUAGCAGACGUAAAACUUAAAGGAACACUAUUACACUAUUGUUCAGAAUCUGAUUUUGUGUACAUGUGCAAACAUCGCAAGCGCAACCUUUUCAUGAAAGGUUAGGAAAAUGAAGGAUGGAAGCUUUGUUAGCACCAGUGGAAAUAGAAAAAAAUUGCCGCAAGGAAACAAAACGGCAACUGUAGUUUGACGUGAUCAACAAGGUGUUCGGUCCACAAUGGCGUCAACGUGGAAUUCAUCGCAAUAUGCACCACUGCAUGUAAACAGGUAUAUCAGCCAAGUAUUCAUUUUCAUUAGCCAUGUCAUUAGGAAUAGUGUCUUCUUUGGAAUACGGUCAAAAAGUGUAAUACCGUGUAAACGUAGUGGCUGGCUCCCCGCCUUGAUGUUACCUGAAGGCCAUCGUUCUCCAACAUGCUCAUGACGCUACCAUAGGGUGAGUGGAACCACAUUCGAUGGCUUCCUGAAGUCAUUAGGAAAUUAUUAAAUUAUAUAAUAUUAAAUUAAUUAUUACUGGGAAUAAAUAAGAAUUCAAUCGAACAUUAGUUUGUACAUGUUUCUUUGUCAGUUCAUCAAACCCACCCCAGACUUCCCCUCGCUGCUGCCUUCAGGAGCGAGGGGAAGUCUCAGCGUGUUUUGGUUCUGAGGUGCUGGAAUCGAUGUUGUGUCGGUUGUAAUUAUGAGAUUCCAAAUGACAAUGCAAAUAUGUUUGUGCCCGAGUUUCAGAAAUGACCUACAUGCUUUGAUUUUUAAUGAAGUACUUUGAUGUAGCAAAUACAUUCUCAGUGUCAUAUUCUGUAGAGAACCACACACACCAACACAACUGCCCUUAAAUAUGUCAUCCUCUUGUUUCUUGUCUGAACCGUGCUGGUUCCUUGUACGUUUCUAACCCCUAGCUAUUAGCACCUGCUUGGUUGUUCAUUUACUGAUGAAAAGUAGAGCCUUGCCAACAGAGACAGCAUUGCGUUAUGCAUCAUCUUCCAGUAGACUGGAGCCAAACACUGUCUAAUGAUGUGCAUAGGGAUUUAGGAAGUGUGUAUGUGUGUGUGUGGCAGAGUCUGUUUGUGUGCUGGCAGGUUUUAGAUGCCAUUGUAGAGAUGUCAGUAAUCAGCAUUUAUCUCUUUGUAUGUUGGCACAUUAAAGCACUGAACAGAC